GACUCUUGGCUAAAAUGGAAAUUAGCUGGGGCGUCAGCGCAAAAAACGUUAAUCUAAAAGAUCCAAAAGGACCAAAACCUGUGUAACGUUGUGCGAGACUGAGCUACCAUUGCUGCUGCUUUUCGCCAGUUAUCAGUUAUCACCAAUCCCUUUUCAGUUGUCUCUGUCAAUGGAGCUCGCAUUCUCUCCUUCAUCUUCGUUUAGAAUUUCAGCUAUAACUUCUCAGCACCAGUCAAAGAUACCAAUUAAGCUUACCAGCAAAUCACUAUCUGAUUCCUUUUCUAAAUGUUCUAAAAUUUUGCCUUCAGCUGGACUUUACACUCACAAAAGCCACCUAAGCUUUGCACCAAACAGAAGUUUUAGACGAAAUUCUAUCUGGGCCUGCAGUAAAGUUGGAGCUGCUGGAUCUGACCCAAUACUAAACAAAAUCCCAGAUUUCAAAGAUGCAUGCUGGAGAUUUCUAAGGCCCCAUACGAUCCGUGGAACAGCUCUAGGGUCCACUGCUUUGGUGGCAAGAGCAUUACUUGAGAAUUCAAAUCUGAUAAAGUGGUCACUGCUGUUGAAGGCAUUCUCUGGCCUUUUUGCUCUAAUAUGUGGAAAUGGUUAUAUAGUUGGCAUCAAUCAGAUCUAUGAUAUUGGAAUUGACAAGGUUAAUAAACCUUAUUUACCUAUAGCCGCAGGGGAUCUUUCAGUUCAAUCUGCAUGGUUACUGGUGACAUUUUUCGUAGUGACUGGAAUCCUUGUUGUUGGAUUAAACUUUGGUCCAUUCAUCACUUCUCUUUACUGCCUUGGUCUUUUCUUGGGCACCAUCUACUCUGUUCCUCCGUUUAGAAUGAAGAGAUUUGCUGUUGUGGCAUUUCUCAUAAUUGCCACGGUGCGCGGUUUUCUUCUCAAUUUUGGAGUAUAUCAUGCCACAAGAGCUGCGCUUGGACUUCCAUUUGAGUGGAGCUCACCUGUGGCAUUCAUCACAAUCUUUGUAACUUUGUUUGCGCUGGUUAUUGCCAUAACGAAAGAUCUUCCGGAUGUCGAGGGGGAUCGCAAGUACAAGAUAUCAACUUUGGCAACAAAUCUUGGAGUUAGAAACAUUGCAUUUCUUGGGACUGGGCUUUUGCUGUUGAAUUACAUUGGUGCAGUGUGGGCAGCAAUUUACAUGCCUCAGGCUUUCAGGCGUAGCCUAAUGAUACCUGCACAUACAAUCCUAGCAGCAUGCCUGAUAUUCCAGGCAUGGCUGUUGGAACGAGCAAAUUACACAAAGGAAGCAAUCUCUGCAUUCUAUCGGUUUAUAUGGAAUCUCUUUUAUGCUGAAUAUAUCAUAUUUCCUUUUAUAUAGCUGAAUUUGCAUUUCUUUAGCCUUUUCCAGAGCACAGAGAGAGAGAGAGAGAGAGAGAGAGAGAGAGAGAGAGAGAGAGAGAGUAAUUGUAUGUAUAUUGUUGCCUUGAUUGCAAAUUAAUAUUUGUGGUUGUAGCAUGUAAUAAGCUAUAAACACUAUGUUGUAAUUAGUUCUUCUUUGAUAGCUAAAAGAAACAUGAAAUUUGUUC